UGCGUUUCGCCACUAAAAGCAGAAGCGGUCGCCUCUUCUACUCCACGCGCUCCUCCUCCUCCUCCUCCACCUCCUCCUCCUCAUCGAACUCGAGUCGCAGCGCGCCCUGCACGCACGAAGCCCCAUCGCGACAUGGCGAGGACGUGCCUCUUUGUCUCCGCUGUUGUCUCCUCCAUUGCCCUGCUUCUACGUUGCCCCGAGUGUUUUACGACAGCCAGCACUGGAGCGAGCGAGCGCGAGCUGCAGCAGGUGAUGAGUGCGCUGUGGGACGCGGAUGUGAACCGCCUCAAGCCAGGGAGAGACUACGCCAUCGACCUCCAGGGACGCGCAGGCUACGUGCCCACGGGGAGUAACUCUGCCACGGACUGCGCUGUAAGGCCGCUUUUCAAAUUCGUGGACGAGGGACGCUUGCACGGCAUCGAGACGUUCAGAGUGUUCCUGUCACUGCUGGACAACUACGAGUCGUCCACGGGCAUCGCGGAGACGGUGACGGCGGAGGAGGAGGCUGAGAACCGGCACUUCCUGGAUGCAGUGACGCAGACCAGCGUCAUGCAGAUUGCGCACAAGUUCCUGGCGGAGAGGGGUCUCGCUGACCGUAGCCCCGAGGGCUUCAAGCGGCAGCUCUACUCCAUCUGGUUCCAGCUCUACUCUCGCGACAACUACCGCGGGGACUCGUCGGGCUUCGAGCACGUGUUCGUGGGGGAGACACGGCGUGGUGCCAACAUCCUGGGCUUCCACAACUGGGUGCAGUUCUACCUGCAGGAGAAACACGGCCACGUGGACUACAAAGGAUACAAGGCCCAACGCAGCAGCCGGCCGGAUGACCAGGACCACCUGUUGACGCUGCAGUUCAGCUGGAAGGGGGUGGUAAAGCCCAUGGGCAGCUCGUUCAUCGGCGUGUCGCCAGAGUUUGAGAUGGCGGUCUACACGGUGUGCUUCCUGCUGUCGCGCGAGCGCUCCUCCAGCUACGCCAUGCGCCUCGACGAGUACAGUGUGCGCCUCGAGUGCCAUCGCCAGGGCAACCGCAUCGGCAGCUCCUACCCGGUGCUGCUCGCAAGCAACCUGGCCUAGCGGCCUGGCAUAGUGGCCUGAUUUAGUGGCGUAGCGGCCUGGCAUAGCGGCUUGGCAUAGUGGCCUGGUUUAGUGGCUUAGCGGCCUGGCCUAGAGGCCUGGCAUAGCGGCCUGCCGGCGGGCGGAGCCAUGGAAUCCGGGCACGCAUUAUUAUUUUUGUUAUUAUAAUCGCUAUGCUUGUUUACCCAGGAAAGCCUUGCUGAAUUUGAAGACUUUUUCAGGAGGGUCCUGCCGAGUUUUGUGCAUAGGUGGCAAUGUUGGUACGUGUAAUCCUAAUAGAGUAAUUUGAAAGGAAGUUUUUUUUUAUCAUUUGGAUGUUUGGGUAUUACCUGUUACAUUGUGUGUUUUUGAAGCCAUGGGAGAAAACUUGAGAACCCAGAGGAAACCAAUGCAGAACAGGAGAAGAUACAGAGUCCACACAGAAAGGAGGUGUCUGAGUUGGAAAUCAAACCCAGGCCCUUCUUGCUGUGAGGAAUAAGUGUUACCACUGCGCCACCACCCUGUCACCCAGAGUUUGCCAUCUGCAUAGUCGUAAUGUUUGUCACCUAUUGCAAAGGUCUCGGCGCUUGUGCGGUAUGGCUCUCCGGUGCGUCUUGGGGUCGUACCGCGUCUUGGUCGGCACAAUGUCCGUUUCACUUCACGUUCUGGGAGCUUCAGAGCUUUAGUUCUGUUUCUGAGGAAGGUCUCGGCAUGUGCUGCGAAACGUCAGACAUGCCGAACAACAUGUAGUACAACCCAAAAAUACAUAGGAGAGCUAUUUGUCAUCGUCAAUAGCAGGGCUUAAACUCCCAAUUAAUAUGUUCCUGGGUCACUGGCAGACUCCAGUAGUUGGCACGUGACUGGUACCCAAUGCAGCCCAUAGCGAGAGUCAUGCUGGAUGUGGUGUGCUGGGUGCCGAAGUAUGAUUUGGCUUGGUUGUCUGCCAUUGUUCCUGCACGGGUUCCCAAAUUGCAGUGCCUCUGCGUGUUCACCAACCUCAUGCUGCCGAAUUCGCAGUUUGCUACGAGCUGCAUGCAUACGCUGUGGUAAACAUGCCGAGCGCGACGUACACAGAGUGCUGAUUCCUGUUUUUUAUAUGUAUUUUUACACUCAUGUAUGCACACAUACAUAUGAACAUACAGACACAAAUAUAGAGUACAUCAUCCAUGUCCAUCCUGAAUGUGAAUUGAUGUCAUCUCUGCAGUGGUCAUCCUCUUGGGCGAAUUAUCUCCUUUGGCUGCCAUCCCAUCAAAAGUCUUGACCAUAGGCCUUGAUCAUUCCAUGUAUGUGAUGACUUGAUCUCCUCUGCAUUUGUUCCACGAUCCAUGUGCUCCUAGUUCAGUCAGUAUACUGCUGAGCAUUAUUUCAUUCAAUGUCAUUAUCAGUGUUAUGAUUUUGCUUGCUUUAGACAGAGUUGUGUGUGUUAAGGUCCAUCAGUGGCUGGGGCUGUCUCUCUCUGGGGUAUCGACCCUAGGUCCAUGAGUCCCAUCGUCCCCCACAAAGAGCCCCACCCUCCACCAAUGUAUCUCGUCGCCACUUCAUCACUCCGUCCCGAGUGCUUUUCUUUUGGCAAGACGCGAAGUAAUAAAGUGCCUUAAUUACA